UUAAUUAUCUUGGAUUGAUUAUACCUUAAGAAAAUUAAACAGAGGUUAAUAUAGACACUUUUAAUGGUCAGAUCUAAUGAAGUUAAGAUUGCAAAAUAUAGAUAUUAGGAAUUUCGAAGAAUUACAAGCAAUCUAUCUAAAUUAAAUAAGAAUGAUUAUAACUAGUUAUGAAACAAAUUCUUCAUUUUAUAAAUACAAAAUUGCAAAUAAUGGAACAAAACGAAUAAUCCAAAUAUAAUAUAUUUGAAUAAUAUGAAGAAGAGGCCAAUACUAUCUUUGAGGAUAGUAAGAAAUCAGGUAUGAACGAGAAACAAUUCUUCAGAGAAGUAGUGGGAAUGAUUUACUAAUAAAUUAUAAUUGCAGAUCAUCCAUGUAGAUUAAUCUUAUAAUAUUUCAAAUUUAUAUUGUAAAUUAUACUGGGCCUUAAGUUUCGUUUAGAGAUUCCUUUAGAAGAGGUAGAUGUAAGAAUCAAUUAAUUAUAAGGACAGAAGUUUGUGA